AUGGAAGCUGCACACAUUGUAAUCGAUAUAAUACUUCAGAAGCUUGGUUUCAGUCGUAUUAUUCCUUUAAAACCACUCAAGGGAUGGACCAGUGGAAAUAAAAAUAUCGAUGAUUACAUUAAAGAAUUUCAGCUUAAAGCCACCAAAUAUGAAAACGUAAUUGAGUGGAUUCCAUUCAAUAGGCUAUCUGAUUUACAUAAAACAGGAGAUUCAAAAUUACGAGCAAAAUGGUUAGAUGGAAUUCGAAAGGUUGAAAAUGCUACACAGUCACGAACAUUAUCAUGUCCAGUCGAACUUGAAAAAUUUGAUUCUCAAAUAGGUACGUCAGAGCUUUUAAAGAAACUUAACAAUUAUAUGAAAUCAUAUGAUUAUAAAAUAUAUGGAAUAACGCAGGAUUCAAAAACCAGUCAAUAUAUGAUUGUAUUUGAUAGUUUCGAUUCCAGGAGGGAUUGUUUUCAUGGAAGAUGCUCACAAUGCGAGAGAUAUAAUACUUCAAAAGCUUGGUGUCAAUCGUGCGAUCCUUUCGAAAUUACUCAAGGAUGGACUAGUGAAAACAAUGAUAUUGAUGAUUACAUUAAAGAAUAUCAACUUAAUACUACGAAAUAUGAAGAUAUAAUUGAAUGGAUUCCAUUUAAUAGGCUAUCUAAUUUGCAUAAAACAGGAUAUUCGAAAUUACGAGCAGAAUGGUUAGAUGGAAUUCGAAAGGUUGAAAAUAAUACGCAGUUACGUACAUCAUCUUAUACAGUCGAACUUGAGAAACUCAAUGGUUCUCAAGUAGAUACAUUAGAAUUUACAAGAAAGUGCAAAAGAUAUAAUACUUCAGAAGCCUGGUGUCGGUCAUGUGAUCCUCUUAAAACUACUCAAGGAUGGACCAGUGGAAAUAAGGAAACUGAUAUUUGUAUUAAGGAAUUUCAACUUAAAGUCACUAAAUAUGAGAACGGGAUUGAGUGGAUCCCGUUCGAUAGAUUAUAUGAAGUACAAACAAUUAACGACUCAGUAUUGACGGCAAUUUGGUUGGACGGAAGGAGAAAACUCAGAAAUGAAGGAAAGUCACGUAAAAUAUGUACAGUUAUUCUCAAUAAAUUUUUGAGUUUCAAGAAGGGUUACAUGUGUGCAAAUAAAAUAUGCGGAAUAAGUUACAAUCCAAAGAUAAAUCAAUAUAUGAUUAUCAGUGAGUUCAGUUCUGAAAAACAUAACCGACAAUACGAAAAUUAUUCACAGUGUAAUCAAUACAAAAUUUCCAAAUCCUGGUGCGACUCGUGCAACCCAAAUAUGAUAAAUCAGGGAUUAUCAAAUGAAUACUGUAUUAGGGAAUUCAAGAUUGAAUCCAUAGAAUAUAAAAAGAUAAUUGAAUGGAUUCCUUAUGAUAAGUUUGUUCGAAUGCAGAAUAUUGGCGAGAAAUAUUUAGAAUUUUCAAUAACCUGGUCAGACGUUAAACGAGAUUUUCCUGAAAUACUCAAAGAAUCUUGCACGGUUUUGCUUAAAGUUUUGCCCCAUAAUCAAUUAUGCUUUAUAGAAUUUUUGCAAGAAUUUAAGAGUUACAUAAAACUAGAUAAAAAUAGAAUUAAUAUAUGCGAGAGAAGACAAAUAACAAACACUAGCAAAUAUAUGAUAGCAUUUGAAAUACAUGAGUCGAGUAUUGAUGAGUUUGCUUCUAAGAGAGAUUUUAAUUAUGGACAAUGUACAAAUUGUAAACGCUACAACACAUCAAGAGCUUGGUGUCAAUCAUGCGACCCUUGGAAAAUGAUUAGAGGGUGGACGAGUGAAAAUGUGAAUAUUAAUAAUUGCAUCAUGGAUUUUCAGUUUGAGGCUACUGAAUAUGGUAAAGUAAUUGAUUGGAUUCCUUUUGAUAGAUUAAAUGAUGUCAAGGAAAUUGGAAGAGGAGGAUUUGGAUGUGUGUAUUCUGCAACCUGGUUAGAUGGAAAACGAAGAAUUUUAUAUGAAAACGGAAAGUGUGUACGGUCACAUAUACAAAAAUAUACAGUAGCACUUAAGACUUUAUCGGAUUCAUCGACAAAUCCCACCGAUUUUUUAAGAGAAGUCGAAACUCCGCAUUUCUACGUUGCCCUUGCAAAACAAUGCAUGGAUUCGAACCCACAGAAACGGCUUGCAGCUAAAGCUAUUUAUAAGCAGCUUGAAGAAUGGUAUAGUUUCAUGGAUAAAGUUGAUGAACUUGAAAUCGACGAAAUUGAUGAAAGUGAAAUUGAUCUUGAUCAGCUUAAUGAACUUAAUGAAUCUGAAGUAGAAAUAUGCAAUAAAUUUUGGGAAGCGGAUGAAAUAGCUAAGCAACUACCUUUGACAUUGCAGAAACAUCAAGAUGCCGCUUAUACAAGCAGAUAUAUUGAUACUUAUAGCAUUGCUCAACGUUACAACAAAUCAGUUAGUAACAGUGCUGAUGCCGCUCGGUUACAUGAAGAAUCGGUUAGUGCUAGUGCAACAGAUUCUAAUUUAUAUAAUUAUAACAUUUAA